AGACCGCUGAAAUUCUGGCAGUCUAACUGUGUCGGUUGUAAAGUGAGGAUCCCUAGAGAGAGCGAAGGAGAAAGCGGCAAAGAGAAAAAGGGUGGAAGAAGAAGUAGAAGAGCAGUUGCAAGAUAAAAAUAAAAACACACACGCACAUACGGAAGGGAUGUCAUUUCGGGACAAGGGCGUUCGCAAGGCUUGCUGGGAGUCCAGAGACAGAUACUGGGCGUGUUUAGAUCUCCCAGACGUCCAUAGAGAUCACUGCAUGGACCUCAGGCGCCUCUAUGAACUCUCAUGCCCUGGGCACUGGGUCAAACACUUCGACAGGAAACGACAGUAUAUGGAAUUCAAAGAACGUAUACACUCGGUAGGCCUCCCGGAGUCGACCACGCUGUCGCCAUGUCCCCCCCUUGAGGCAUCCCUGACCAGGAGGCAUCGCGUCUACAGCCAGGUGGUUUUCACGUAGCACCUUCCACCUGGCCGGCGGAUGGAUCCUCCUUCCUCCACCCAGUGCAUCGCAUCCUUGCCCGGCCGCAAGAAAUACCUGAUGGGCUCUCAACAGAAUCUUCUGGAAUGACGCCAUGCAUAAAUAAUGUAGCUGAAUCAAGAAACGCACCCCUAGGCCUACGAAUAAUAUGAAAAUAUUUUUGGCAUCUUAUUUAAGAAAUUUUGUGAAUUACUUUGUAGAAAUCGUUUAAUCCUUUGAUAAAAAGACUUGAGAAAAUUGCUCACUGGAGAUUCUGUUCCGUAGCUCCCACAGAUGAUAGGUAGCUAAAAGAUUUACACUUCCUAUAGUCACUUAUUUUGGGAAAAUAUCGCAAUUGCUUUCCGCUUAUAUGAAUAGACGUAUUUUAUUUUUUAAAUAAGGGAUAUCAUUCAGAUGUAUAUAUCGUUCGUUAAGCUUAAUCACAGCAGAGAGUCGAAGAAAGAGGCUUAAAGAUGCUACAGGACUGAGAUGGAGGUUGUUAUUAAGGAGACGUCACUCGAGAACGUUUUUUGCUCACUCUUAUAUAAGACUUCGGCCAAACUUAGCACCAAGAAGCUGUUUUCUCUUCUACAUGUGCAAAAUUUAAGUCCGCGGACGUUUAUUAAGGUGAUGGCAAAUAUGGACAUGUCACUUCGACUUGUCAUCAAUUUUAAUUACUGAUCUAUCACAAAAUGCCAGAAGAUACUAAGAAAUGUGCUCCUGUGACACUGCUUCACGGUGUAAUGCAGAUUGCCUUGGGGACGCUAGGCAAAGGAAAGAGCCGCACGAAAUUCCAUAAAUGCCAAUUACCAAGAGCGCGCUUAUGUCAAAAAUGGGAGCAAUAAAUAAUCCGUCAACUCAUAGGAUUUAACCAUUUCUCUUCCUCGUAUUCUUUAACGGAGCCUAACUGAAAUUAAAAAUUUCCAAACAGAAUGAAAAUUAAAAGUGUUUGAACAAAUGAAGAAGAAAUUAAACAUAUAAUGAAAUGGUGUGAUGUAACUGCAAAAGCAAAAGAUUAACUUUUCGAAAAAAAAAAUCAUAAAUCUCGCAAGAAAGUCCAGUGGUGGAUCUUUCAAUGCAAAUCACAACUCCCGUUUUUUAUCGCGAAAUUAGGCUCAGGAAUGGACAAAUAAAGCCGAAGAAUCCCAUUCUUGAAUUUGCAAUACUUUUAACAGUUUGUGGUGGAAGCUGGAAUGCCAUGCUAAUUAUAAGAGCUUCACUUUCAGUUGUACUUAUAAGCCCUUUUAUAAAAUGUAUGAAGAGGAUAAAAAGGUCAAACAUCCAUUUAAUUAAAUACAUCUGCGGUGUUUAAGCCAUAUAUAUAUAUAUAUAUAUAUAUAUAUAUAUAUAUAUAUAUAUAUAUAUAUAUAUAUACAUAUAUAUAUGCGUGAUUUUUUUUUCUUAUGAACAGCAUCGCCGGAGGAGCUCUUAGGGAACCGAAUGGGAGAGAGACUACACCAGGGCUUUACUAAAUUCUGUGUUAACUGGGUGGAAAAGUGCAGAGUUGUGAUAUCAAGAUUAAAAGUAUAUAUACAUGAUAUAUAUAUAUAUAUAUAUAUAUAUAUAUAUAUAUUAUGUUUUAAAAACUCACUAUUCAUCUGAUGAAAUAAAUAAACAGGGAAAUAAUGAAAU